AUGCUUCCCCCUUGUAGCUGGAGACCUGAGUACAACACAUCAUCCGCAGCUUGCCGCCAGCAUUCUGGGAAUGCACCAGCUUGGCCAUGCAUCGAAGGAGGUCAUGUUCUGCGGCUCUCCGCCCCCAUUGUUGUAACCCUGCUGCUUUCUUGGGAAAGAUUCCUUUGCCUCUUGUCUCUAAUAACUGUCACCGAAGACGGGCCAGACCGCCAGCCAGCGGCUUGGAUCACCAACUCCAUUUUCCCUUCGGCGCAACGGUCUUUCGACGACAACAAGCGGCACCCCAACACCAUUAUGAUGGCCAUGAAGGCCCUGCUUUGCAUCCAACUAAAUUUCUUCCGUUUGGCAUUUGCCCACUGGCUUGGCCAAAAGCCCGAUGGUCCCCACAACAACUAUGGCCUGCCCGAGGCCACAGCAACAUCAUCACCAGACGACACCAAAGGUUGGUCGCUAAAGCCAACCGAGCCACCCCUCCCAAACCAUGGACCAGACAUCAGCUUCAUCGAGUUGAUGAGAAGAAGUGAACAUUGGAUAAAGGCCAAGCGGCAGACAACUCAGUAUCUGAACUCGAAGACGUGCGGCUAUUUUACCUCAGACGAAUUUGACCCCUGGGUAUGCUCCGCCUCAGAAACAUGCACCACCAACACCAACAACGUCGUUGCGUGCCUCUCCUCAGGCGAGACAGGGCCAUUCUUCAGCGUCUGUUUCGACUACUCAGCCUACAAGCAGGGUCUAUGCGACGAUAGGAGCGCAGAAAACCCCGAAACUGGGUGCUGCGCAUCGUCAACAAACCCUGCAUGUGUCAUGUACCUCUGGCCUGGCCCCCAACCCAAAAGCAUGUUCUUCUGCCAUCCAAGCUCAACAAUCAUCACCAUGCUGGACGUCCCGCGAAGUGUACUCGACGCCUCCACCAGCGGCACCUCAACCGAGCCACCCUCAACUACGACCUCACCUCCCCCCGACCCCACGCCCCGGCCUCCCGACCCAUCAGCAAUCAACACCGACGCCAUAACCGGCGGUGUCAUAGGCGGGGUAGCCUUCCUAUCCCUUAUCGCAGCAGCGAUCUUCUUCCUUCACCAGCGCCGUAAAAAAAAGUCCCCUCCCAGCCCUCCUCCUCCCACCAACCAAAAUUACACCCCCGUCCCAACCAACAACAACCCUACUCCCAAUCAACAACCCUACUCCCCCCCCCGACGACCAGACUUCCUCUCCCUCCCAGGUAGCUCAACCCUCCCCUCCUCGACCCCCUACCUCUCCAACAUCAGCCCCCCAAUCGGCGGCGACCCAUACUUUUCCCCCCAAUACGACCCUUCCAAACAACAACCACCCGAAACACAGCAGCAGCAGCAAGGCUACUUUUUCUACGGACCCGGUAGCGGUGAUCCUGGUGUGGGGUUGUACCCCCACGGCACCCCCAACACGCAGAACUCCCAUUUUGAAUCGCAAUAUACCACCCGUCCUGCUCAGGGGCAGGAACCCUACCAACCCUACACCCCCCCGCAGCAAGAACAGCCCCAGCUCUCCGAGUUAGACAGUGAUGACGUAGCAAAAGGCCAGAGCGGUAAUCCAGCCGAGAUGAUGGGCAGUUGCGCUGAGCAGCAGAACAGGAACAGGGCUGAGAUGACGGAGGAGUGUGACGCAGAGAGACAGAGUGCAAAUCCAGCUGAGACGCCCAUAAUACCAGAGCCAAGAGUAGGUAGCCAAGCUCACGCCUGA